AGUAAUUAGUGACCAGGGGGAUUAUAGAGGAGGAGGAAGAGGAGGAGUAGGGAGGAGGAAGAGGAGGAGCUGCAGACGGAGGAAGAGGAGGCGUCCUGUCCGUCUGUGUCCAGAGGAGAGGAGCGGCCGCCAUGUUAACCAAGAAGCCCGGAGCCUCGGUCGUCCCGACGGGCAAAGUGGGCGAGCCGGUCUACUCUCCAGGUCACAGUGGCUCUCAGACAACGUCGCCUGUCGCGUUGCCGCGACUCCGCAACAACAACCACAACGCCCUGACGGGAGGCUCUAAAGCCGCCAUGUCGGACGCCGUCCAGCUGUCGUCUCAGUCUCAGCUCCACGUCUCUCAGCUGUACGAGGAGAACACCAACAAGCGUCCGGUCCUCACCUCGCAGCCCAACGGCCUGGUGGCUCCGCUGGGCUCCGCCCGGCCCGGCCUGCCGCUGCCCGACCGCCACACCUCGGCCUCGGAGACGCCCCAGCACCACGGCCGCCAGGGCAGCGCCGCCUCCAACAAGUCGGCGGACGGCAAGCCGAAGGCCGGCGCCCUGAGCCCCGAGCAGGCCAUGAAGCAGUUCAUGGCCAAGAUGUCGUCGCUGGAGCAACACGAGGUCUUCAGCUACCCCGAAGUUUAUUUCGUCGGCCCGAACGCCAAGAAGAGGUCGGGGGUGAUGGGCGGAGCCAACAACUGCGGCUACGACGACGAUCAGGGAUCCUACAUCCACGUUCCUCACGACCACAUCGCCUACCGCUACGAAGUCCUGAAGGUCAUCGGCAAAGGAAGCUUCGGACAGGUGGUGAAAGCCUUCGACCACAAGUCUCAGACCCACGUGGCUCUGAAGAUGGUCCGCAACGAGAAGCGCUUCCACCGGCAGGCGGCGGAGGAGAUCCGCAUCCUGGAGCACCUGAGGAAGCAGGACAAGGACUCCAGCAUGAACGUGAUCCACAUGCUGGAGAACUUCACCUUCCGCAACCACAUCUGCAUGACGUUCGAGCUGCUCAGCAUGAACCUGUACGAGCUCAUCAAGAAGAACAAGUUCCAGGGCUUCAGCCUCCCGCUGGUCAGGAAGUUCGCCCACUCCAUCCUGCAGUGUCUGGACUCACUGCACAAGAACCGCAUCAUCCACUGCGACCUGAAGCCCGAGAACAUCCUCCUGAAGCAGCAGGGACGCAGCGGCAUCAAGGUCAUAGAUUUUGGCUCCAGCUGUUACGAACACCAGAGAGUUUACACGUACAUCCAGUCCAGGUUCUACAGAGCACCGGAGGUCAUUCUGGGCUCCAGGUAUGGGAUGCCCAUCGACAUGUGGUCUCUGGGCUGCAUCCUGGCCGAGCUGCUGACCGGCUACCCGCUGCUGCCGGGCGAGGACGAGGCCGACCAGCUGGCCUGCAUCAUCGAGCUGCUGGGCAUGCCGGGCCAGAAGCUGCUGGACGCCUCCAAGAGAGCCAAGAACUUUGUGUCGUCCAAAGGCUACCCGCGGUACUGCACCGUCACCACGCUGCCCGACGGCACCACCGUGCUGAACGGCGGCCGCUCCCGCCGGGGGAAGGUACGCGGCCCGCCGGCCAGCAAGGACUGGAGCGCGGCGCUGAAGGGCUGCGACGACCCGCUGUUCCUGGACUUCCUCAAACAGUGUCUGGAGUGGGACCCGGCGCUCCGGAUGACGCCCAGCCAGGCGCUGCGCCACCCGUGGCUGAGGCGGCGACUCCCCAAGCCGCCGACGGGAACCACCGCGGGGGAGAAGACCUCCUCCUCCAAACGGGGCACCACCACCACCGACGGCGGCGGCGGCAUCACCUCCAUCUCUAAGCUCGCCACCACCUCCUCCACCACCACGUCCUCCUCCUCCAAAACCAGGACUAACUUGGCGGCGAUCACGGACGCCAACGGGAACAUCCAGCCUCGGACGGUGCUGCCCAAACUGGUCAGCUGAGAGUGAGCGCACCCCGCUCGCUGUUACCGCUCACGAGCAAACCAGCUGGAACUGAAUAAUAAAAACCAAACUGGUCGGCCCAGUUUUCAAGGAGCGUUUGUUCUUUUUCACGCUGGUUUUCACAGCGCUGUUGGGAGUGCGUUCAGGAAAAAAAAGUCAUGGAAAACUUAAAGCGUCGGGUGUUGAAAUGUGCAAAAGUGGCGAGCCAGGCCGGGACGCGAGGCGAGCCAACGGAAACUUUAGCGAUACAUUUUUUGGGUGCGUUCAGACUCAAAGACGCAGGAAAAGUGACCACACAUGUUUAUCAGAAUUGAUUGUUGGGCAGCGCAGACAAUCAUCAACUCUGUAGCUCCAAACACUCAAACACAUCAAACAAACAUGGUGCUGACGGAGGGAACAAGGCUUUUUUUAUGUUUUUACCACAGAAUCUAUUUAGCUGAGCUGAUUAAUCAACACCAAAAACAACUUUUUAUGAUCUUAGUCUUACAAGGUUCCAUCUGCAGAUAACUGUAGGCUCAGAUUUAUCCUUGUAACAUGAAGGGAAACUUUAACUGGACCCUGUUUUAUCAUGUGACCAAUGGGGGCAACAUUUUCUGAAAUUGGUCCCCAAUUAUCCUUCAACCGUUCCACUAAAAGAGCUUGUUUUUGUCUCCGACAGGCUCAGAUUGGUAUUAAAAGUGUCUGACAGCAUUAAGAAAACGACCCUGCUGAGAAUUAAAACCUUUUCUUUAACUUUUCACUCUGAAAUCUGGCGAGAGGUGACUUGGCGGUGAAAACGUGAGAGAAAGAGUUUGAGAGAGGAAGAGUUUAUUGUGUUGGAGGACAGAAAGUGUAGAUCAGUUUAAUCUAAAGGAUUCGUUUUUAAUGUUCUGGCAGAAUGUUUGAUGGAUUUUGACGACUUGUUAGAGGCCACACGAGGAUUCAGAACGAGACUUUUCCCCGUGUGAGACGACGUUAGAUAUAUACAGAUCAAAUCAAGUAGAUCAAGAUUGUGAGAAUAAUCGUAUAAUGGUAAUAAGUAGUUGAAGAUUUAGAGGAGGAAGCUCUUCGCUGUGGGUGGAUUGCACCGUGCACAGACAGCAUAGUCAGCCUACUGACUUAUACUCAAUAUUGAAGCACAAACAUUAUGGAAAGAAUGACCAAAUCAACAAAAUCUGAAGCUGUGUAGAGGAAGGAAGGAACGAAGUGACAGCCACAUUAAGAACAUUAAUUCAGCCUUAAACAGCUGUUUAUUACGUAGAUAUAUAAUGGAGAAAUGUUAUCAAGUCACGCUCCUUUUUAUGCGUUCUUUAAUCCGAGCUUCUCUGUUGUUUGCUGACAAAAAACAACAAGUUGUCCGGCUUCGACUCGAGGAAUGUAACAACCACCUGCUCAGGUUAAACUGUCGCUGUUUCGAUUUGUUUGAGUAAAUCGUUUUAAUAGAGAUUCAAACAGCGAUUACCACAGUAAAGGUUGAAGUAUUUGAGUCAGAACUUUAGCGGAAGGUAAAGAAAAGCAUUUUAAUUCUCUGUCGGGUCAUUUCCACAAUGUCUUCAGACACUUAAACAACAAUCGGAGCCUUUCAGCUGCACAAAAAGAACUUUAAGUUGACGUACAUUCAUUACAGUACAUUUUAUUUAUUGCCAAGUUGGUUUUAACAUACAGGGAUUUAGCUGUGAUGUAUGUGACGGUGCUGAAGAACAAACAAAGUACUAGAAUAUACAUAUACAGUCAUGGAAAAAAAUAUGAGACCAUUGUUUUCUUCAAUUUCUUGUUCAUUUUGAUGCCUGGUACAACAAAAAUUGCUCAUAAGAGUUUAAUUUAAGCCAUUUUCUAUGGUUUUCUUGAUAAUUACCAAAAUCAUUAUCAAGGAAACCAUUGAAAAUGGCUUAAAUUAAACUCUUAUCAGCUAUUUUUGUUGUUAUCAUUGUGUUUGUCCAAACAAAUGAACCUUUAGUUGCAUUAAAACGCAUUAAAAUGAACAAGAAAUUGAAGAAAACAAGGAUGGUGUGAUAAUUUUUUCCACGACUGUAGAUUUAAGGAAACAAGUAAAAAAAAAAAAAAAAAAAAAAAAACAGCAGCAGAAAUCGAAAAACGUACAAAAAAUAUAACAAAUUUCAGAAUCUGUUCCCCAUUCGUCAAAAAGAAAAAAAACAUGGAAAUAAAGGAGAAAAAUCCUGAAGUUUCCCUUCAAAAUAAAAGCAGCGUUUACCUUUCUAAUCUUUGUUUCAUAUCACGAUGAAAUCAUCAUUUUUUGGGGACUUUGGUGGGCAUUAAUCUACCGACGACACGAUUAACGAAAGCUGAACAUCUACCUGUUAGCUUUGUGCCUGUCAGCUGGCUAACUGUUAGCGUUCUGUUCCCGUUUUCCACUUUUUUGUACUACCUUUUUAACCGGCUAGCAGUUAGCCUAGCGAUCUUUUAAACGAGUCAGCUGGCGGAAGCUGGCGCACUGUUUGCCUUGUGUUGGCAGUCUGGUGGCUAGCCUUAGCCUUAGCCUUGUUUUAGCCAUAGCCCGUUAGCGCUCCACUGCCCGGCCUUACCAAGCACACAUUCAGAGCUUUUACCUGUUUUUCUGAGAGUUAGCAGAAAGAGAAGAAGGAAUAUGGAGGAGUAAGUAUGUUUGGGAUUACGUUGCGCCAUUUUGCUCCCUAUUUAAUGAAACCAGUGUGAUUAUUAGGGAUGCAAAACGGCUGCAGAGAGCUGUGAAGACAGGGAGGAAAAGUAGAGGAAAGGCAGUUUUAUGGGAAAGUUAUUAAUAAAUCAAAGGGCUCUGAUGUUUAAAAAAAAAGGGGAAUUUUUGCAACCAAAGUCUGAAAAAUGAAAAGAUAUUUAUGUGCAUCCUAAAUGCAAAAAUAAGAUCAAAAAAAGGUGAAUAACAUGAUGGUUUCUGCUAUUUAGUCUCCUCUUUUAUAAUUAAUGUAAAAAAAAAAGAAGAAAAAAAAAGAGAUCAAUAGUUGUCGAGGCAGAUUAGUUUUAAGCGUGAACUUCAGGCUUUAGGGAAAAAGCUUUCAGACGUACAGAAAAAUCACAAGACGCCAAAUAUAUAAAUAUAGAUCCAUAAAGUGUGAGCACAGAGCGGAGUCUGUCAGGGUUUCACAGCUCCGCCGCUCGAGAAUCGUGGAUUUUAAACUCGUCUGUGUGGAGCCUUUGUGUCUGAAUGUUUCAGGCUUUUUAUGACUGUUUUUUAAACUUUUCUGACAUGUGAACUGAGCAGCAGAAGCAGCCUGAAGGGAGUUUAUAUGGAAGAAACGUCCUUCUGGGUUCAACUAAAAGGUUUAAGAUUCAGACAAGAAAUAAAAAAUGUAUUUAGAACAAAACGCGUCCAGUCACAGAGAGAUGAAACCACGUGGCUGGUUUUUAUUCAGGGUUUCUUUCUAAGUAAUAAACUCAUCUUUAGACACUAAACAUAUCCACGAAAACACAUAUGAACUAAUAUUAAUAUCAUGAAAAGGGUCCAGUCACAUCAGCACGAGUUGCAGCAACAGUUGCACUUAUUUUCCAGUCAGGUGUCGUUAAAAUUAAGAGAAGAAGAAGAAGAAAAGGGCACAAAAAGACGAUGUAGUGAAGCCAAUUUCUGCCAGUGGGAUGAAAGAAAAAGAUCCUGCAGGUCAUUAUAAUGAGAAACUUUAGUUAAAUAUUGACUUGGUGUCUCAAAAUGAUGAGAAACUUUCUCAAAAAUUAUGAGAAACAUUCUCAAAAUAUUGACUUAUUUUCUCAAAUAUAUUUAAAUGUCUAAAUAAUGACUUGUUUUCUCAAAAUUAUGAGGAACAUUCUCAAAAUAUUGACUUAUUUUCUCAAAAUUAUGAGAAAAUCUCAAAAAUAAUGACAAACCCUCUCAAAGUAUUAACUUGAGACAUGACAAAUCAUAAAAUAAUAACUUAUUUUCUCAAAAUAAACAAACUUUCUCAAAAUAAAAGAGUUUUACAUUCCUAAGUGAUCAUUUUAAAAUACUACGUUAAUUAUCUCAGUCAUUAUUUUUCAUUCAGGACUUACAGGAUUUAUUUAUUUAUUUACACAAAGUUUUCAUCUUUUUUUUCCUUUUUACUGGCACAAAUGAACUUCCGUACAAAAGACUUCUACUGCACCAGAAUAAAAUAAGUAAAAAAACCAGCUCCAGUACGGGACAAAAUAAAGAGACGAUUCAAGUAAAAUGUGAAUAAACGUCACUAGAAAAGUGUUUUUUAAAGGAAAAUAUAUGAAGCUACAUAUAACCGGAUACGCCUCGAACUGGAUAAUCCAGUUUUCCAAGUUUUUUUUUUUUUUUUUUUUUUUUUUAAUCAGAUGAAGGAAUCACCUCUUCCUGCUGUGACUGGGCCCCAAAUAUUAUCAAAUAUCGACCCAAAACAACAGAAAAUAUGAAAAAAAACAACAACAAACUGUCUCGUCAACAAAUGUCAGUGUGAUCGGGGGAGGGGGGAGGGGGGUUAUUUAUUUACUACAGUUUUAAUUAAUAUUUAUUAAUCUACAUAUUUACUAUGAUGUGCAGUUCAUACUUGAAUGUGUGUGUGUUGUAUGUAGCAGUGUGUGUGUGUGUGUGUGUGUGUGUGUGUCGAGAGGUUUUUUUCUUAAAGCUUGUUCCCUCAAACACAAAAAAAACACACAAAAACACACAAAUAUAUCGAUGUAAACGCACCUGAACGCACCCACAGGGAGUCAUACUGGGACGCCGAGGAGGAGGAGGAAGAGGAAGAGGAGGAGGAGGAGGAGGAGAAGGAGGAGGCGUGACGUAGCACAUGAGACGCCAGAAGGAACUGACGAUGUAAACACAGACACUACCUGCUCCGCCCGCUCCGAUGGGGGCGGGACUCUCAUGUUUAUCUGUUUGUUUUCUAAGGAUUUGAUUGGUUGGUUGGUUGUGUUUUUUAAUUUUUUAAUUUUUUUAGAAGAGUGCUGAGAGUCGUAACUUUGUGCCUUCAGUAUCUCCGCGCCAUGACCACGCCCACCCGCCCGCCCAACACACA